AUGUCUUGGUCCAGAAUGCUUCCUUUGACCAUCUUCUCCCUUUUGACCGCGGGAGUUGCGGCCUUCCCACAAAGCUUUCGCCUGCCUGAAGGUAUCGAGUUGAACGAAGCCCUUCAAUCUAUCGAACGUCGCCAGCUUAGGGGAACGGGAGGCCGCCUUGGUUCUAGCACAACUUUCGAUCCUGAGCGCCAGCUAAUCGAUGUACAAGGCGAGCACGCGUUCGUCCCUCCCAAUUUUGCCUCUGGUGACAAAAGAGGACCUUGCCCAGGACUCAACGCCUUAGCAAACCACGGAUACUUACCUCACAACGGUAUCGCGACGCCUCUUCAAUUCGCCGAAGUCACCAAUCGAGUCUUCGGUCUUGGAAUUGACAUUGCCCUCGUUGCUGCCGUUUUGGGAGUGUAUGCAGCCGGAGACGGCCUGACAUGGUCCAUCGGAGGUCCGCCAGGCGGCGGCCUUCUCAAUCUUCCCAUCCUCGGCAAGCCAACUGGCAUCAGUUUCUCUCACAACAUCUACGAGGCCGAUGCCUCGCCCACCCGCGAGGACUUUUAUGAGCAUGGCAAAGCCUAUGCUGUAGAUAUUGACGCUUUCAAAUCCUUGUACAAUAAGCUGCCGACUUCUGACUUGGAUACUCUGGCCAAGCACCACGAUGAGCGUGUCAAGCAUUCCGUUGCCACCAAUCCAUAUUUCUUCAGUGGUCCGCUGCCAGGCUUCGCUAUUGGCGCUGUUGCGACCUUUUUCGUUUUCCGUCUUGCGGCAAAUCACACUCCUGAAUAUCCUCAAGGUCUGCUCGACAAGAAUACUUUUGCGUCGCUUUGGUCUGUCGAGGGCGAGGGUGAUGCUUUGACCUGGAAACCUGGAAUUCCCGAAAGAUGGUAUCGACGAUCCUUCGACGACGAAUACGACACGACGUUCAUCGCCGCCGACCUCGUAAAAUCCAUCAUCGCCUACCCCGGGACUCUCAAAAUUGGCGGAAACAUGGGUCAAGUCAACACUUUUACAGGAGUAGAUCUCACAAACCUUACGGGCGGUGUAUACAAUCUCCAAAGUCUCACUCAAGGGAACAAUCUCGGCUGUUUGUUAUUUCAAUCCAGUGCUCUUCUCACUCCUAGCUUACUCAGGCCUCUACUCGGUACCAGUUUGACUAGUGUUUUGAACCGACUCAAUGCGCUGUUUGGAAAUGUUCUGGCGCCGCUUGGAUGUCCUCAGCUUGAGGAAUUGGAUACGAGGGCUUUGGAGCAGUUUCCUGGAUAUACUAAUCCUGGCAAGCAUCUGUAG